UUUCCGAAAUAAUUUUACUUUUUUAAUUUUGUUUGCCUUUCUUUCUUACCUUGUCUUGAGCCAUCAGUUUCUAGGAUUUGUUGAUCUGCUUUGUUUGUGUGUAAGAAGGGUGAACUUCUGAUCUUUGCUCUUCACUUCAUUUUGGGGUCGCUGCUCUGUGGGUUAUGGCUAAAAAUCUCAGCUUUAGUAUCAUAGAGAGGUAAAAUUGGGGUUUUUUUUUUUGUUUUUUCUCAGAUGGGUUUUCUUGGAAAGGAGAAGAAGGGAAGCUGUUGGAGGUGAAGGAGGGACUGGGAGUAGUGAUAUAGGCCUUGUAUGUAUAGGUGAGCUUGUGGGGUGGGUGGGUUUGGCUUGAUUUGUGUAGAUUCGAUAUGGGUGGGUGUUUCCCAUGCUUUGGAUCAUCAAACAAGGAUGGGAAUGGGGUGAAAGAAGUGGGUAAGAAGGAGUCUUUCAAGGAUGGUUCUGCUGCACAGCCUAAUCAUGUCAACAAGCUUAGUGCAGAAAAGUCUAAAUCUCGGAAUAGUAAUGAUUCCAAGAAAGAAACAGCUAUUGCAAAAGAUGGUUCCACAGCGAAUAUUGCUGCGCAGACAUUUACAUUCCGUGAGCUUGCUGUUGCAACGAAGAACUUUAGGCCAGAGUGUUUGCUCGGUGAAGGUGGUUUUGGACGUGUUUAUAAAGGUCGGUUAGAAAGCACUGGACAGGUGGUGGCCGUUAAACAGCUUGAUCGGAAUGGUCUUCAAGGGAACAGAGAGUUUUUGGUGGAGGUUCUAAUGCUUAGCCUCUUACAUCAUCCAAAUCUCGUCAACUUGAUAGGUUAUUGUGCAGAUGGGGACCAACGGCUCCUUGUUUAUGAGUUUAUGCCUUUGGGUUCUCUCGAGGAUCAUUUGCACGAUCUUCCUCCGGAUAAAGAACCGUUGGACUGGAACACAAGGAUGAAAAUUGCUGCGGGUGCAGCAAAGGGAUUGGAGUAUUUGCAUGACAAAGCCAACCCUCCUGUAAUAUAUAGAGAUUUAAAAUCUUCCAACAUACUUCUUGAUGAAGGGUAUCACCCGAAGCUGUCGGAUUUUGGGCUUGCAAAACUAGGCCCCGUUGGUGAUAAGACUCAUGUGUCUACACGCGUGAUGGGCACGUAUGGUUACUGUGCUCCCGAGUAUGCUAUGACUGGUCAGCUGACUUUGAAGUCCGAUGUUUAUAGUUUUGGGGUUGUCUUCCUCGAACUCAUUACGGGGCGCAAGGCUAUUGAUAACACGAGGGCUCCGGGAGAACACAAUCUCGUUGCGUGGGCUCGGCCACUAUUCAAAGAUAGGAGGAAGUUCCCGAAAAUGGCUGAUCCGCUACUGCAAGGGCGGUAUCCUAUGCGGGGACUUUACCAAGCGCUAGCUGUGGCAGCCAUGUGCUUACAGGAACAAGCUGCAACGAGGCCUUUGAUUGGAGAUGUGGUGACGGCUUUGACUUAUCUAGCCUCCCAAACUUAUGACCCUAAUGCAGGGAGCGGGCAGAGUAACAGAGUUGGUCCAUCUACCCCUCGGAGCAGGGAGGAUAGACGAACCAUGUCUGAUGGAGUGCACAGCCUAGAUGAUCCGGGGCACGGUGGUUACCACGGCUCUCCUUCCGUGCAUAAGAAUUCUCCUGACUACAGGAGAAGAGAUUCUGGGAGGGAUUACAAUAAUACGGGUGCGGAGUUGAGAAGGAUUGAGACGGGAGGGGGUUCUGCUCGGAAAUGGGGGUUGGAUGAAUCAGAACGGCCUGAUUCUCAAAGAGACAGCCCCUUGAGUGCAGGUAGAGGGAAAGAUACUCCAAGGAACCGGGACCUUGAGAGAGAACGGGCAGUUGCGUUGGCGAAAGUAUGGGGGGAGAAUUGGCGGGAUAGAAAGAAGGCAAACAAUGCGAGUUUUGACGGUACGAAUGAUUGAAGGGGGAGAAGAUGGAAGUUAGGUAUUGAGAGAGGAAGUCGGAAGUCGUCACACAAUGCAUUGUUAAUUGAGUGUUGAUGGAAAUAAUAUUAUCCAACUUUCGGUAUUGUUGUGGGUUUGAACUGAAACUGGAACUGGAUGGUUGAGUUAUGGUGAAAGAGAAGACUGUAAAGUAGGAGGAGGAUAUGCAUUGAUGUAUUUGAGGUGGUGGGCGAUUGCAGACACAAAUUCAAGAAUACACAUAUGCGCAUGCAUGCUUGCUUGCUAUGUAUUUAGGGUUGGUUACCAAAAGAGAAGAAGAUGAUGGGAAGAAAUCUUUUAUUUUAUUUUAUUUUGCUUGUCUUUUUUUUUUUUAUUGUUAAUUGCUUUCUUUGACUCACUCCUGUCCUGUUUUAGGUUUGUUCAUGGUUUUUAUCUUUUUGUUGC